AUGUUCGCCGCGGUUUUGUUCUGGCAGGGCAAGAAGGGCGACCGACUGGGGGGCCGGUACGAGAUUAUCGGAGACGUGGGUUUGGGUACCUUCGGCCGUGUAGUCGAGUGCUGGUGCUUGAAGAGACACCGACAUGUCGCCGUCAAGGUGGUCCGAAAGGUCGCCAAGUACCACGAAUCUGCCCUUAUCGAGGCACAGAUCCUGCGCGACGUCAACUUCCGCGAGCGGAGCACGCGAAGGAACACGAUCGACACUUCGCUCUGCGUCGAGAUGUUUGCGCAGUUCGAGCACCAGUGUUCCGAGUGCCUGGGACGGUCUCUGUACGACUUCCUGAAGAAGAACGACUACAGGGGUUUCCCCAUCGAUGUGCUGCGGAGUAUAUCCCGGGAACUGCUCCAGGCGGUGGAGUUCCUGCACUCCAUCAAGCUCAUCCACACCGACCUGAAGCCAGAGAAUGUCUUGCUCAAGUCCUGGGAGGAUAGGAGUGUCACGCUCGAGUCCGGUGACGUCAUCAGGGUCCCCGUGAAUCCGCGUAUCAAGGUGAUCGACUUCGGAGGGGCGACGUACGAACACGACUCGCACGCCUCCGUAGUCAACACCCGGCAGUACCGGGCACCCGAGGUGAUCUUGGGGCUGCGCUGGCUCUAUCCGUCGGACCUCUGGUCGGUGGGGUGUAUCAUCGCGGAGCUCUUUCUGGGCGACCUUCUCUUCGCAACGCAUCACAAUCUUGAACACCUGGCGCUGAUGGAGAAGUGCGUGGGCUUGUUCCCGCCAAACAUGCUUCUUAAGGCCCCGCGAUCUCGCGACUUUUUCGACCUCACCAGCGGGCUGUGCAAGGGUGCGACCGAAUGCGAUUCGGAGAACAGGCGGCACAUCCGACGCAUGAAGCGUCUCGGGGAUAUCACCGAAUCGGUGGAGGACACGGGCAUGGGAGACCUUCUCGAUAAGCUUCUCACCCUCGACCCUAAGCGGCGAGCCACCGCAACAGAGGCCCUCAGCCACCGCUUUUUCGACGACGGCUUGUAG